AUGUUAAGUACCUACACUUCAGGAAGCUGCAACUGCGACGAAAUUGAAGGAGAUGGGAUCCGAAUGAUAGUGGACGAUUAUGUUCGCACGGGUGACGCCGAAGUCAUAGUUCUGCAUGGUCCUUUCGAGAAAAGAGUUCGUUUUCGGCAAACCAUGCAGUUACAGGAAUGCUUGAAUCGUGCAAGAGGGCAUCCUCGAUGGGUUGCCUUCGUUGAUCUGGACGAACGUGGUGUGCGGGACCAUAAAGUGGGAGGGAUCGAUGUACGACUACUUCUGAUUAUGCAGAACGAAAAAUUUCCUGCAAAGUAUAAGGAUGCAAAUCAGGUAGCCGAUUGGAUGCCAACGCGACGGUUUCGUAAUGCUUCCCGUAUCGCUGGUCCAUGGAAAUGCAUAAUUGAUCCGGAGAAGGUUAGUGUUCCGGGUCUUCUUUCCAAAGCUUCAAAGCAACCACGCACGUAUUGA